UUUUAUUAUUCAUUAAUGUCUCUCCCGAGUAUGUAUAUAUACAUAUAUAUAGUAUGUACACGUAGAAAGUGGAUAUAUAUCGGUGAGAUCGCAUAUCAAGUUCAUCGAUAGUAAUGACUUCCUUCCUUUUCUUCCUUUUAUUGAGCAUCACCGUCUUGCUGCUAUUCACUGAUGCUUCUUCGGAUAUUUUGCCUUUGUCUAGACUUAGGAAUGCCACUAUGGCUGUCGUCAUUGACAAAGGAUUUUUCACGGGAAAAAACUUGGAUUAUCGGAAAGCACGUACGAUUAUCUUAGAUUCGAUUAACGAAAUUGCAAAUAAAGAUAUGCACGUGGGUUAUAUAAUUGUACGGGCAUUGCAGGACACGAACGUUGAUCUUCGCAAAGAUUACACGGUACUGCUGUCGAUUGCGACAUGUGAUAAAACGUGGCAUUUACAUGAAUCAGCACGACAAUCUGGAAUUGUACAUCUCGCGAUAACAGAUCCUAACUGUCCACGAGUUCGAAUAACCAAUGGUAUAAGCGUCCCGUUGAUUGUUCCUGGUGAAGAAUUGCCACAAAUUUUUUUAGAUCUUCGUACUGCUCACGCAUUGUCUUGGAAAAACGUUAUCAUUUUACACGAUGACUCUUUUGAAAAAGAAAAAAUAGAUCACGUAAUUCGAGCCAUAACGGGUGAUCUACCGAAUACGAAGUUGAACACUAUUUCCAAGUCGAUAUUUUCCUUUAAACAUUUUACUUCUGAGUGGGUCAGGAGACAACAUAUAAGGGGUAUACUUGGUAACUUUCACAUACAACAACUGGGCAAUUGUUUCCUUAUUAUCGUCAACGUCGAUACGAUCAAAGAUGUUAUGAAAGUUGCUAAAUCAUUAAAACUGGUUCAUUCCGGUAAUCAAUGGUUGUACGUACUCACAGAUGCCGAAAAAAGAAAUAAGACGAAUGUAACAUAUCUUGCAGAUUUAUUGCCAGAGGGUGGAAACGUUGCUCUUAUUUAUAAUAUCACUAAAUCUGAUGGUACCUGCAAUGUCGAUCUUCUCUGUCAUGUCAACGAUUUUGUUCGAUAUUUUGCGAAUGCUUUGAAAAAUUCAUUCCAAAUGAAGAAUGAUUUGUCCGAGAACAUCACCGAUAUGGAACAUGAAAUUUUCAGACCAACCAAAUUUCAAAUACAUCGACACAUUCUCAAGUAUAUUGAUGCGCAAUUUUUAGAAAAGUCACACGUAUCUGAUAGAAAAUGCGGGGAUUGUUUGGUUUGGAAAAUUUCUUCGGCUAUUACUUGGGGAACUUAUUUCCUUCAUUAUAGAAAGGCUGCUAUUCUUAUAGAAUCGGGCACUUGGAUGCCAAAACGUGGUGUUAAUUUGUCUGACGUAAUAUUCCCUCACGUUGAGCAUGGAUUUAGGGGUAUAAGUUUACCAAUAGUGACUUUUCACAAUCCACCGUGGCAAAUGGUAAACGCGGUGAAGAACAACAGGUUGAUUUAUGGUGGAUUAGUAUUCGACGUGAUCAAAUAUCUGAGUAAAAAAUUAAAUUUUACAUACGCGGUUAUUGUUCCGAAAAUUGGAAAUAACACGAAAGCUCGUGGUUCUACUAAAACGUUAAAAGUUGGAGAGAGACCGUACGGAACUUUGACAUCAGCAACGAGAAAAUUACCGGAAGAGGUGUUAGAAAUGGUUCGAACAAGAAAAGUAUUUCUCGCUGCUUGCGCCUAUACAGUCAAUGAUCUUGAGAAGAAUGCCAUUAAUUUCACAACACCUAUCUUCGUUCAAACUUAUAGCUUCUUAACGUCAAGACCGACACAAUUGUCGAGAGCUUUGCUCUUUACUUCGCCAUUCACCAAAGAGACCUGGGCAUGUCUGGCCGCAGCUAUUAUUAUAAUGGGUCCAAUCUUAUACCUGGUUCACAAGUACAGUCCAAGUAGUACGAAAACAUCCGGCUUGAAUUCAUCUUGGCAAUGUGUCUGGUAUGUCUAUGGUGCGCUUCUUCAGCAAGGAGGAAUGUAUUUGCCUAAAUCAGAUAGCGCGCGCAUAUUGGUGGGUAUUUGGUGGUUGGUCGUAACAGUUCUUGUAGCAACUUACUCCGGAAGCUUAAUUGCAUUUCUGACAUUCCCGAAAAUGGACGACCCAAUUUUAACGGUAGACGAUCUUCUCGUACACAAGGAUAGAUUAACAUGGGGUUUCCCGAAUGGUAGCUUUCUCGAGGAAUAUUUACAAAAUUCGGAAAACGAACAAUAUCGUUUGUUACUUUCUCGUUCAGAAAGGCAUAACGAUACGGAGGAGACAGAUAUUAUUAGACGAGUUAAAGAAGGCAAACACGUUUUUAUUGAUUGGAGAAGUUCCUUGCGGUUUUUAAUGAGAAAGGAUUUGUUAUCCAGCGGUGUUUGUCAUUUUUCUUUGAGUACCGAAGAGUUCAUGGCUGAACCUAUUGCGAUGAUCGUUCCUAACAACAGUCCUUAUUUGUCGAUCAUAAACAGCGAAUUGCACCGUAUGUACGAAUCCGGUUUAAUAAAUAAAUGGAUAUCGGAAAAAAUGCCUACGAAGGAUAAAUGUUGGGUAGGUGCAAAUUCUAACGAAAUCGUGGACAAACGUAAGGUCAACGUGGCCGAUAUGCAAGGAAUAUUUUUCGUACUUUUCAUAGGAAUAGUUUUAGCGAUCAUAUUUCUCUGCUGGGAAUUUUAUUGGCAUAGACGUAAAGUAUUGAAGCAACGUAAAUUGAUCCAACCGUUUGUAUCCUAA